AUGAAAGAUCUCAUCGGAUUGAUGAAGCUAUUCGGGAGGUUCCUCAGCCCGAACAGCCUCGGCAUACCGUUUCGCAUCCAGGGUCUAUGCCGCCUCCGCAGCCCUAUCCUUAUCCUCCGCCUGAUGGGUGCACCGUUCUUCGAUGGAAAGGAUAUAUCGGACUUUCUUAGAACGUUCGAAAAGCUUGUUGAGGUGAAGCGCACGAUGGAAGAUGAUCUUGAUGACUACAUGUCGACCUUCCAGUCUAUAUCCGAUUACCAACUUUCCGAAGGCGCUCUGUCGGAACAUCAGAGAUGUGAAUGGUUUAUGCGUGGCUUGCUAUACAAGAUGAUGAAGAAGCUCUGUGAGGAUAAAGGUGUCAAUUUGGAAUGGCCUUUAAAGAGCAAGAAAACGCUUACUCUUGACUGGCUAUUAGAGCUUGUUGAUAAGGAAAAGGAGAAGAAAAAGAGCGUUAAGAGAACGAUGCAAAUUGCUCUUGACAGUGAAAGCUCUGUUAAGGAAGCUUCUAAAUCUGAUCUUGAUAAGCGGCAGCAGGUAUCCCCGCAGCCGGAUGUUAGAUCUGAUGAUAGCGCUGGCAAAAGAAAGGGGGAUGAAGAAGGUCAUGAGCGAAUCAACACACAGCUGAGGGAGCUUAGCCUUACUGUUCAGACCCUAGCAGCACGAACAGACGCUAGGAACGAUCCAGGAGAUAAAGAAGAAGGUGCUGCUAACCAGCAGUAUGAUAAGCGGGGUGUGCAAGUAGGGUCAAAUUUGCUGCGUAUCGGAGCGGCUCCUGAAAGGAAUGAGGCAAUUGAUGAUACUGACGAUGACAGCGAGGACCCUAUAUUUAUCACGGUAAGCGGAAGGCAGCAUGUGCCGUCAGCAGCUGCUCAGAUAGAGAAUUAUAUGGAGACACGAAAGCGACGCAGAGAGAGAGAUAUCGCUUCGACUCCCUAUCGUGAUAAUGGAAGGUAUCAGUCCCGUGUGGAAGAGAUCGAAGAUGAUGUGAUGAUGGAACGCCCUCCAGAAUCGCAGGUGGUUCUGGAAAGCCCUAGAUCCUCACCGUCUCAAACACAGCGGCAGGAAACGCCUUAG